AUGUCUGAAGAUAGCAAAAAUCCACGCAAGAUACGCGUAAAGGGACGAGCAGAAGAGGAAAAUGAUGAUUCCACUCGUGAAAGAACUAAACGUGAAAUCAGUGUCUCAGCAAAUGAAACAACAGUCGAAUCAGGUGAUGCCGGAAGAAGAACAAGACGAAGACCAUUUCCCGUUGUUCAAGAAGUUUUACGAAACCAGUCUGAAAUUGGAGAGGCAUGUUGCGAGUCCGAGCAGCCUAUACGUUCGAGUAAACGUUUAAAAAAAUCUGGGUUCAGUUCUGCUGAUGAAGUUUCGAAAACACGGAUUAUGCAUCAAGAGAAAGUUGGACAUAAUUAUGAGGAUGAUGCAGUAGAUGUUGUCACCAGUAACGAUGAUUCAUUGGCAGAACUUGAUGUUGGAUCGUCUGUUAAAAAAAUAACGAGUGAAUUUGGAAACCAUCGAAAGGACGAAUUAGGAGAAGGUUUCCAACAGUAUGUCUUAAAUCAAGCCCAGAAAGGUAUUUCGCCAACAAGACGUGAUAUAUUCGUUGAUGAUGAUAUCCGUUAUGGAUACGACGGACCAACUGGUAGUAGCACUUCGAGUAUGUUGAGAUUGGACCGAAAACCUAUGCCGGCAACUGCACCUCUACUGACAACUGAACGAACACAUAUUCGAGUUGCAAAACGUAAACAUGAUGAAACGGCUAAACACAGGGAAAGAAGAUUACAAGAACGAGAAUUGUUUCAGAGAGAUGCACGAGGCAGAAAUGCUAGAACGAAUCGAUAUUAUUACGAAGAAGAAAAGCCAAUACUGGAUGACGUUGAUGAUGUUAUGUAUGCUGAGAUUGGUCUUGGUGACAAUGAUUUUAUCGAGACUAGUUUCGAAGAAGAGGAGCUGAUAUAUGACGAUGAUCUUGUGACUGCAGGUGCUGCUGAAGAAGGGAGUAACUGUGAUAGUACUAUGGGUGCAGAACGCAUGCGAAGCCAACCUAUUCAGGAAACACAGCAAGCAGGUCGUGCAAUACCAAAGCAAGAGAGUGUGAUCGAACAGGUUAAUGAUGGUAUCGAAUCCAACGAUGAUGAAGCGCCACCAGAAUUAGAACCUCAAAGUCCUGCUCUGCAGAAAGUUGUACAGCGUUCAAGUGCGAAUAAACAUGAUGAUGUAACGAAUUUUACUGAUGGCGUGGGUGAGAUGCAAGUUAUCUGUGUUCAAACACCAAACGGAACGGAACAAUUCAUACAGCUUGCUCCUGGGCAAACUCUUGAUGACGAAAACGCCCUAUUCAUGAGCGAAGGUGAUAAUGUUGAAGCGAACAUACGCCAUGAUCUCCGAGCGGUUGAAUUUAGUUUUUUGGAUUCAAAAAAUAUAUGUUGCGGCUUAUGUGGUGAAAUUGUUUUGUAUGACUUGCUGCUCAGUUCCCAUAUUCCACAACAUCAUCCUGAAGUAUUAGAAGAAGGCGUAACGGCAUUCGAGGAUGUUCCAUAUGAAACUUGGUUAAGAGAAAAGUUAAAUGAAGAGAAGCGACGCAUGGAAAAUAAUGUGUGCAACAUUUAUGAUGAUCUUUCAUCUAGUCAUAAUUCCAAUCGUAUUUAUCGAAGCGUUUCUACGAUUCGUGUCAACCCAAACGAAAUGUCGCUUAAUCAGCUAAUAACAGCUUUGCGAAAAAAAAUGUUCGAAAAGUUAGGUCGCGCAGUACCCGUAACUCUGGUGGAUAAACAACACGCACGUUGUGGUAUUUGCAAUGCGGUAGUAUCUCUUAAUCGUAAAUUUGAAGUUGUGCAUCUAGUUCGACAUUUCAAUGCAUGGCAUCCAUCGAUUCAUCAGUGUGCUGGAAAGUGGAAACUUAGGAAGCCACAGCCAGGACUCGGGAAACCUUUAUCAAUUCAAGAUUUUGCUGUCAUCGAUACUUCACUUGAUCGUGGAGCGAAUUUACAAUGUAUUUGGUGUGGUAUGUUUAUGGCAGCUGAAGCACUGGCCAUGCAUUUUUCGGAAGUUCAUCCAGAAGAAGUUGAAGUGCCAAAAUGUAAUCUUUGUUUACAGGAGCUUGUUAUUAAUGCUCGUUUGUUGGAGAAAUAUGGUGAUGAAUUUGAUGUUUCAAUGCCAGAUGAACAUCGCAUUAGAUGUGGGAAAUAUGGUACAAUGCAUACAUCAGAAGCCCGUUUACAUGCUGCGAUAGAAAAGCGACUUAAACUCUGUGAAGAAGGAAAAAAUACAAAUGAUGUCGAAGAUGAUGAAAUGGAAGAAGAAAGGACUACAAAUUAUGUAAAUAGUCGAAUGACAUUCGGUCGUCGAAGUAAACCAAAACGUCAGUUUAUAAUGCCAGCGUUACGACAGGCAGCGCCAGUAAACAGCCGAUAUGUGGAAGCAGUAAACGAUUGUCAUUGGAAAUGUAAGAUGUGUAACGGAGAUAUUUUAGCAGCUGUGAUAAGUGCUGGAGCAAUACGUCACUUCCGAACUGAGCAUCCACAUCAUCUACAUAGCAUGCAGUAUGAAUUAUGCAAAACAAGAUUGGAAAGGAUUUCUGAUGGUUGCAUGGAAUUCAUCAAUCCGCAGUUAAUUGAAUGCUUAGUAUGCAACAUGACAUAUAUGCUACAUCGACCGUUUAAUAUGUGCCGAGCUAUUCGUCACCUUCGCUCCAAACACCCGGAUUUAAUGCCUGAAUUUGCUUCUACUACUGGCGAUUCGGGUAAUAGUACGCAACGCAAGCGAAUGGUUCGAGGUCAAGAGGAUUCUGAGGGUAUUAUUACUGAUCCAGCUACAAUUGCGACGCUCAAAGCGCAGUAUGGUGUUGAUUUCAAAAAAGUACAGGCGUUGAAAGGCGCAAAUGGUGAACCAGUUUAUGUACUGCUUGAUGAAGGUGAUGAGAUAGAUCCGGAAACUGCUAGUCAACUCGCUGCUUCUGUUGCAGCAGGAGAUUUUGAUCAGGCUAAGCCAGAAAUACGGCAUGCAAAAUCUAACGCUAGUUCUACUGCUACAACAACUGCUGCUGUCGAGACUUCUGGUAGAAAUGCUAUUACCGCUAAGGCUACAUCGGAUAAAAGUGCACGAGGUCAGCAAGCGAAACACUUUAAAUCUAAUCCAACAAAAAAUGUUGGGAGUUCAAAUUUUGAAACUGAAAUCGUGAACAAGAAACUUGAUGAAGCAACAGAACCGUUUAUUAUUGCUUCGGAUUGA